AUGCUUGAUCCACCCCUGACCGAGAAUGAUCCCGGACCUCCCAAACACAACGGUCAGAAACCUUCCCUUUUGAAGGAAGAGGAAGAGAGAGAGAGCGAGCAGGAGAGAAGUUGGAAGUGA